GGCCAGAAUUAUUACUAGACUUUCAUAUCUAUUUAAGAAGCUUGCUCUCCUAUCCAUCCGUAAGUGAUCUUAGUUGACACUAUCCCAGCCCAACUAUGGAGUCGGCACUGCACCAAAUGACGACAACUCAGAUGCUCGAGCUGUCCAACACCACCACAAUCACUGUGAAGACAUACGCCAGGGCUCUCCUCAACCGCGUCAGUGAGAACGAGGACAUUGUCAAAGCAUGGAGCACGAUGGCCACAAACCUUUCUAACUAUUCUCCCGACCCCGGCCUCGUGAUUGCUCAGGCCCAGACUCUUGAUCAAGUGCCUGCCGAUCAGAGGGGGCCUUUGCAUGGACUUGCUAUCCGAACAAAGAAUAUCAUGGACACCAAGGAUAUACCCACGGAGUACGGCUCUCCUAUCUAUCGAGGGCAUCAGCCAAGUUCUGAUUCUGCCGCCGUCGCAAACCUUCGCGCCUCGGGAGCCCUGAUCAUCGGGAAAACAACCACGACUCGCACCCCCGGCGGGUCUUCGUGCGGAUCAGCCGCAGUGGUAGCGUCCAUGCAUGUUCCGCUCAGUCUCGGAUCGCAGACCGGCGGUAGCCUCAUGCGUCCGGCGUCGUUUACGGGAGUUCAUGCCCUCAAGCCAACGAUCGACGCCAUCUCGAUGGAAGGCCAGAAGAUCAUUGCGCCCACGUUCGACACGAUUGGCUUCUUUGCUCGAUGCGUGGAAGACUUACAGCUUCUUGCCGAUGUUUUUGGUCUCAAAGAUGAUGAGCCCGCAAGAGAUAUGCCGCUUGAAGAAAUCUCAAUCGCUUUGGUGAAGACUCCAAUAUGGCCCGCGGCAGAACCUGGCACCAUUUCUGCCAUGGAGAAGGCCGCAACUAUCCUUCGAGAUAAGAUAAUCAAGGUGGAAGAGGACAACCUAGCCCCAGAGAUUCGCGAUAUUGUCGAGAACACCUCCGAGAUAGAGCAUGGAGAGAGGAAGAAGGCUUCAAAUAUGUAUUCUCAUAUGCGACACGUUUUCAAUAAUUUGGCCAGAGAAUACACGGCCAUUCUUACCCCUAGCGCAGUAGACGAGGCCCCUGUUGGGCAUGGAAACAUGGGUUGCGCGACUUUCAACACGAUAUGGACGGGUUUUCAUAUGCCUGGCAUCAACGUACCCGUCUUUGUCGGGGCCAACAGUAUGCCUGUGGGCAUGUCACUCGUAGGCCCAAGGCUCCGGGAUCAGCAACUUCUCAAGACGACCCGGGUUCUCGUCGAGGUCUUCGGGGCCCAAGGCAGUUGUAAGAUUCCGCUCUAG